AUGCACGAGAAAUAUCUUUAUCGGGUUUUGAAAUAUACGGAAAAUAUCAAUGAUGGGUUGAAGGCCCGAGAUCCUACGUCAACACGAACGGUGUGUGAACACGUGGAGUCCGGUAGCGACUACCCGUCGCGCUUCCUGUCCACUUCCGCCAACCGUGAGGCCGCUAAGUUGUUUGCUUCCAAGGGCUGGCACCAACCGAAGCGAAUCGCUCAUAUUGAUUGUGAGUGUCUGCGACGAGAGAACCCGCGCGUACAGUUCAUCGAUCUUCGCGACUCGUCCGUCCUUCAGCGCUACAUCGGCCCCGAUAAGCCCGUAGUAAGAAGAUGCGCCCAGAAGUACGCCGAGGUUUUAAUCGAGGGUUACGUUCCUCCUUCUUGUGUGAGAAUUGAACUCGUUCAGUAA